AUGAAGGGGUCUGGAUUCAGGCAGAAGAAGAGGCAAGAGCAGACUAAAUAUGAGGACUAUAGUGGUACUGCGAUAAGGGAAGUUCGCCACAUUCAACUUGGCGUUCAAGUGCGAGGUCAUGCGGUUACACACCUACUUAUUAAUGAUGUGGUGCUAAAUGAUGAUUUGAAAGCGGGAGUGAUCAAUGGAUUCAAGGAUGCAGCCUGUUCGAUGACAUUUGGUCACGACUCCAUUCUAUGCCUGAGCUCACUGGUGUCAGAAUUAUACAAAUUGAAAUGGUUCGAAAGCGUUCACGACAUGAAGGACGUAGCUUAUGUCAGCGGAUAUAGCAGAUCUGAAUCGAGGUUUAUUCAAGGGUAUAAAACCUUGUUGAAUUUCAAGCGACGUCCAGCAUCGCGGGACACCUUUCUGAAGGAUAAAAUCAUCACCUUGUACCCAAGGAAGAUGACCCACGCUGGAGGACGCCCCCUUGCAUCACUGAUCAAUGAAAAUUUCGACAUUGCUGUCAAGACUGCACAGGAUCUUGAAGCAUUCUUCGCAUGGGCACCUCCGCGGCUCUCGACCGACUCGGAGCCUCGUGAUGCAGGUGGCGUUUUUGCUGGUCUAGAGAGUAUCUCGCCUGACGACGUUGCUGCUGAAUUUACAGCUCUCAAAGAGUUGAGGAGGACCGAUGGACUUUUUGUGGUUUGGAGAACAGUCUUCAACUUGAAGAUACUGGGACCAAUCUGCUCGGUAGAAGAGAACUACUGUAGGAGCCAGGAACUCCUGAACAGUCCAGUUACUGCUCGUCUCUCUGAGUGUUGCCGUCGACGGCGGCAUUACAGUACUCAAUUGGAUGAAAGCAUACCUUGA